AUGGACAUAGAUGUCAUGGCCAUCGCUAGAACGAAUGAGCCAGCGGUAUUAUACGGGGAUCCAGAUUUAUCUUCUUUAUUUCUUGAUAAUUCUGAAGAAUUUGAUGGUUUGGGAGAUUCCGAACUAGAAUUUCCAGGUUGUUCAAUAGACGGGUUUGAUUCACUAGGAGAUUUGCCAGGUUGUUCUGAUGGGUUGGAGCCACUAGGAGAUUUGCCAGGCUAUGGGUUUGAGCCACUAGGAGAGUUGCCAGGUGGUUCUCCGGAUGGGUUUGAUCCACUAGGAGAGUUGCCAGGUGGUUCACCGGAUGGGUUUGUUCCACUAGGAGAUUUGCCAGGCUGUUCUGACGGGUUGGAGCCAUUGGGAGACUUGCCAGGUUGUUCACUAGAUGGGUUUGAUCCACUAGGAGACUUGCCUGGUUGUUCUCCUGAUGGUUUGGAUCCGCUAGGAGAUUUGCCAGGUUGUUCACUGGAUGGGUUUGAUCCACUAGGAGACUUGCCUGGCUGUUCUCCUGAUGGAUUGGAUCCGCUAGGAGAUUUGCCUGGUUGUUCACUAGAUGGGUUUGAUCCACUAGGAGACUUGCCUGGUUGUUCUGAUGGGUUUGAUCCACUAGGAGACUUGCCAGGUUGUUCUGAUGGGUUGGAACCACUGGGAGGCUUGCCUGGUUGUUCUGCUGAUGGAUUGGAUCCGCUAGGAGAUUUGCCAGGUUGUUCACUAGAUGGGUUUGAUCCACUAGGAGACUUGCCAGGUUGUUCACUGGAUGGGUUAGAUUCACUAGGAGAUUUGCCAGGUUGUUCUGUUGGGUUUGAUCCACUAGGUGAUUUGCCAGGUUGUUCUGAUGGGUUUGAUCCACUAGGAGAUUUGCCAGGUUGUUCUGACGGGUUGGAGCCAUUGGGAGACUUGCCAGGUUGUUCGCUUGAUGGGUUUGAUCCACUAGGAGAUUUGCCAGGUUGUUCUGAUGGGUUAGAACCACUGGGAGGCUUGCCUGGUUGUUCUGCUGAUGGAUUGGAUCCGCUAGGAGAUUUGCCAGGUUGUUCACUAGAUGGGUUUGAUCCACUAGGAGAUUUGCCAGGUUGUUCUGAUGGGUUGGAACCACUGGGAGACUUGCCUGGUUGUUCUCCUGAUGGAUUUGAUCCGCUAGGAGAUUUGCCAGGUUGUUCACUAGAUGGGUUUGAUCCACUAGGAGACUUGCCAGGUUGUUCACUGGAUGGGUUUGAUCCACUAGGAGAUUUGCCAGGUUGUUCACUGGAUGGAUUUGAGCCACUGGGUGACUUGCCAGGUUGUUCACUAGAUGGGUUUGAUCCACUAGGAGACUUGCCAGGUUGUUCACUGGAUGGGUUUGAUCCACUAGGAGAUUUGCCAGGUUGUUCACUGGAUGGGUUUGAUCCACUAGGAGACUUGCCAGGCUGUUCGCUCGAUGAGUUUGAUCCACUAGGAGAGUUGCCAGGUUGUUCACUAGAUGGGUUUGAUCCACUAGGAGAUUUGCCAGGUUGUUCUAAUGGGUUGGAACCACUGGGAGGCUUGCCUGGUUGUUCUGCUGAUGGAUUGGAUCCGCUAGGAGAUUUGCCAGGUUGUUCACUAGAUGGGUUUGAUCCACUAGGAGACUUGCCAGGUUGUUCACUGGAUGGGUUUGAUCCACUAGGAGAUUUGCCAGGUUGUUCUGACGGGUUGGAGCCAUUGGGAGACUUGCCAGGUUGUUCGCUUGAUGGGUUUGAUCCACUAGGGGACUUGCCAGGUUGUUCGCUGGAUGGGUUUGAUCCACUAGGGGACUUGCCAGGUUGUUCACUAGAUGGGUUUGAUCCACUAGGAGACUUGCCAGGUUGUUCACUGGAUGGGUUUGAUCCACUAGGAGAUUUGCCAGGUUGUUCACUGGAUGGGUUUGAUCCACUAGGAGACUUGCCAGGCUGUUCGCUCGAUGAGUUUGAUCCACUAGGAGAGUUGCCAGGUUGUUCACUGGAUGGAUUUGAGCCACUGGGUGACUUGCCAGGUUGUUCACUAGAUGGGUUUGAUCCACUAGGAGAUUUGCCAGGUUGUUCUGAUGGGUUGGAACCACUGGGAGGCUUGCCUGGUUGUUCUGCUGAUGGAUUGGAUCCGCUAGGAGAUUUGCCAGGUUGUUCACUAGAUGGGUUUGAUCCACUAGGAGAUUUGCCAGGUUGUUCUGAUGGGUUGGAACCACUGGGAGACUUGCCUGGUUGUUCUCCUGAUGGAUUGGAUCCGCUAGGAGAUUUGCCAGGUUGUUCACUAGAUGGGUUUGAUCCACUAGGAGACUUGCCAGGUUGCUCACUCGAUGGGUUUGAUUCACUAGGAGAUUUGCCAGGUUUUUCUGAUGGGUUGGAGCCAUUGGGAGACUUGCCAGGUUGUUCGCUUGAUGGGUUUGAUCCACUAGGGGACUUGCCUGGUUGUUCUCCUGAUGGAUUGGAACCGCUAGGAGAUUUGCCAGGUUGUUCUGUUGGGUUUGAUCCACUAGGAGAUUUGCCAGGUUGUUCUGACGGGUUGGAGCCAUUGGGAGACUUGCCAGGUUGUUCGCUUGAUGGGUUUGAUCCACUAGGGGACUUGAAAGGUUGUUCGCUGGAUGGGUUCGAGCCACUGGGUGACUUGCCUGUUUGUUCACUAGAUGGGUUUGAUCCACUAGGAGACUUGCCAGGUUGUUCACUGGAUGGGUUUGAUCCACUAGGAGAUUUGCCAGGUUGUUCACUAGAUGGGUUUGAUCCACUAGGAGAUUUGCCUGGUUGUUCUUCUGAUGGGUUUGAUCCACUAGGAGACUUGCCAGGUUGUUCUUCUGAUGGGUUUGAUCCACUAGGAGACUUGCCAGGUUGUUCUGUUGGGUUUGAUCCACUAGGAGAUUUGCCAGGUUGUUCUGACGGGUUGGAGCCAUUGGGAGACUUGCCAGGUUGUUCGCUUGAUGGGUUUGAUCCACUAGGGGACUUACCAGGUUGUUCGCUGGAUGGGUUCGAGCCACUGGGUGACUUGCCUGGUUGUUCACUUGAUGGGUUUGAUCCACUAGGGGACUUGCCAGGUUGUUCACUAGAUGGGUUUGAUCCACUAGGAGACUUGCCCGGCUGUUCUCCUGAUGGAUUGGAUCCGCUAGGAGAUUUGCCAGGUUGUUCACUAGAUGGGUUUGAUCCACUAGGGGACUUGCCAGGUUGUUCGCUUGAUGGGUUCGAGCCACUGGGUGACUUGCCAGGUUGUUCACUGGAUGGGUUUGAUCCACUAGGAGACUUGCCAGGUUGCUCACCCGAUGGGUUUGAUUCACUAGGAGAUUUGCCAGGUUGUUCUGACGGGUUGGAGCCAUUGGGAGACUUGCCAGGUUGUUCGCUUGAUGGGUUUGAUCCAUUAGGAGACUCGCCUGGUUGUUCCCCUGAUGGAUUGGAUCCGCUAGGAGAUUUGCCAGGUUGUUCACUGGAUGGGUUUGAUUCACUAGGAGAUUUGCCAGGUUGUUCUUUUGGGUUUGAUCCACUAGGAGAUUUGCCAGGUUGUUCUGACGGGUUGGAGCCAUUGGGAGACUUGCCAGGUUGUUCGCUUGAUGGGUUUGAUCCACUCGGGGACUUGCCAGGUUGUUCGCUGGAUGGGUUCGAGCCACUGGGUGACUUGCCUGGUUGUUCACUUGAUGGGUUUGAUCCACUAGGGGACUUGCCAGGUUGCUCACCCGAUGGGUUUGAUUCACUAGGAGAUUUGCCAGGUUGUUCUGACGGGUUGGAGCCAUUGGGAGACUUGCCAGGUUGUUCGCUUGAUGGGUUUGAUCCAUUAGGAGACUCGCCUGGUUGUUCCCCUGAUGGAUUGGAUCCGCUAGGAGAUUUGCCAGGUUGUUCACUGGAUGGGUUUGAUUCACUAGGAGAUUUGCCAGGUUGUUCUUUUGGGUUUGAUCCACUAGGAGAUUUGCCAGGUUGUUCUGACGGGUUGGAGCCAUUGGGAGACUUGCCAGGUUGUUCGCUUGAUGGGUUUGAUCCACUAGGGGACUUGCCAGGUUGUUCGCUGGAUGGGUUCGAGCCACUGGGUGACUUGCCUGGUUGUUCACUUGAUGGGUUUGAUCCACUAGGGGACUUGCCAGGUUGUUCACUAGAUGGGUUUGAUCCACUAGGGGACUUGCCAGGUUGUUCGCUUGAUGGGUUCGAGCCACUGGGUGACUUGCCAGGUUGUUCACUGGAUGGGUUUGAUCCACUAGGAGACUUGCCAGGUUGCUCACCCGAUGGGUUUGAUUCACUAGGAGAUUUGCCAGGUUGUUCUGACGGGUUGGAGCCAUUGGGAGACUUGCCAGGUUGUUCGCUUGAUGGGUUUGAUCCACUAGGGGACAUGCCAGGUUGCUCAGCCGACGGGUUUGAUCCACUAGGGGACUUGCCAGGUUGUUCGCUGGAUGGGUUCGAGCCACUGGGUGACUUGCCUGGUUGUUCACUUGAUGGGUUUGAUCCACUAGGGGACUUGCCAGGUUGUUCACUAGAUGGGUUUGAUCCACUAGGGGACUUGCCAGGUAGUUCGCUGGAUGGGUUCGAGCCACUGGGUGACUUGCCUGGUUGUUCAUUUGAUGGGUUUGAUCCACUAGGGGACUUGCCAGGUUGUUCACUAGAUGGGUUUGAUCCACUAGGAGACUUGCCUGGUUGUUCUCCUGAUGGAUUGGAUCCGCUAGGAGACUUGCCAGGUUGCUCACCCGACGGGUUCGAUUCACUAGGAGAUUUACCAGGUUGUUCUGAUGGGUUGGAGCCAUUGGGAGACUUGCCAGGUUGUUCGCUUGAUGGGUUUGAUCCACUAGGGGACUUGCCUGGUUGUUCUCCUGAUGGAUUGGAACCGCUAGGAGAUUUGCCAGGUUGUUCACUGGAUGGGUUUGAUCCACUAGGAGACUUGCCAGGCUGUUCGCUCGAUGAGUUUGAUCCACUAGGAGGUUUGCCAGGUUGUUCACUAGAUGGGUUUGAUCCACUGGGUGACUUGCCAGGUUGUUCACUAGAUGGGUUUGAUCCACUAGGAGACUUGCCAGGUUGUUCACUGGAUGGGUUUGAUCCACUAGGAGAUUUGCCAGGUUGUUCACUGGAUGGGUUUGAUCCACUAGGAGACUUGCCAGGUUGUUCACUGGAUGGGUUUGAUCCACUAGGAGAUUUGCCAGGUUGUUCACUGGAUGGGUUUGAUCCACUAGGAGAUUUGCCAGGUUGUUCACUAGAUGGGUUUGAGCCACUGGGUGACUUGCCAGGUUGUUCACUAGAUGGGUUUGAUCCUCCUGGUGACUGGCCUGGUUGUUCGCCUGAAGGAUUGGAUCCUCCCGGAGACCCUGUACUAGAAUUUCCAGCUUGUCCACUGGAUGGUUUAGAACCACCAGGAGAUGGUGAACUUGAAUUACCAGACGUUUCACUAGAUGGGUUGGAGCUGCCAGGAGAUCCAGCGUUUGGACUGGAAGGUAAUCCCUCUUUAUCUUUCGUCACUCCCGGUGACGAUUCCGAGUUUUCUGAUUUUCCAGGAGAGUUCGAGGGACUUGAAUUUUUCUUUAUACCGCAAUUCCUUCGUUUGUUGUUUGAUCUUGCUGUUAAUUUUUUUGAUAAUAUUACACAAUUAUCGUUGCUAUAUAAAGUUCAUAUUGUUUAA